AAAUGUUAAUGGCUUCUAUCUCUAAAAGUUUCCUUUUUCGAAUGAACUUGUAAGUUUUAAGAAAAGACCUUAUAAAUGUAUGUAUUUAUUAUUAUUUGUACAUAAUAAAGCAAUGAACUUUUUAUGAAAAUGACUGAAAAAGUAUAAUAUGAUGUUAACUUACGACGCCAAUAAAUCCUAACCUAACUUUUGGGUAAACAACAUUAAAAAUGAGACAUCUAGAGAACUUUCAGGAGAAUUUACAAUCUCCAGGAGAUUACGAAAUUAAAAAUGAAUAUUUUGAACACAUGGUGGAUAUGAAAGAAGAAAUACCAAACCUACUCCUUGAUGAUAAUUUCAUGAAAAAUGAUUUUCACAGUGACGAUGAAAGUUUCAUGAGUGCCAAUAUUAACAUAGACUUUAACAAUGAUAGUGAUAGCGAAGACUUUGAGUCUUCAAUUAAAAACGAGGUUAAAAGAAACAAAAGAAAAGCCUUGGUUCCUCAACGGGCUGUGCAAUUGGAAAAUAGUCAAAAUAGUUCCGAGUCUUCCCAAGAUAAGUUGGACGUUGCGUUAGGCUUAGAAAGUUUUAGUGGGCAACAGGCGAAUUUAAAUUUAUUUUUGGGAAAAUCUGGAAACAUGAUUGAUCCCAUGGAGGAGGAUAUUUUGCCAGAAAUAAAUGAGGAGGAUAUUUUCAAAGACUUGCAGAAUGAGGCUGAUGGUGAGAAAAUUUGUGAUGAAAUUAUGGAUAAUGUAAAAGAAGAAUGGAGUGCUCAUUGGGGUAUUAAAUGCAAUAUGUGUGAAAAAGUUUUUCAAUACAAAUUAGCUUUUGAUCAACAUUAUAAAAUGACUUACAACUUAAGUCCAAUUUAUACUUGUACUUUUUGUAAUAAAACUUCAGAAAAAUAUUCCACUUUUAGAUCCCAUUGUUAUAGGCACAUUACUGAGGGGCGUUUCAAAUGUGACGAGUGCUCAAAAGCCUUUAGUUUAAAAAGUAUGCUUCAAGUGCAUAUUUUAUCAAAACAUGCAAAAUCCAAACCUUUUGUAUGUGAGGAAUGUGGCAGGACUUUUGUUACUAAGCCUGGUUUAAAAAUACACUUAAAAAAACAUAAAACUGAAACUAAAGAGGAUUAUCCAUGUGUGGAGUGUGGAAAAAUUUUGCAUACAAGAGGCGGCCUAACGUCUCACAUGAACGUGCACAGACUUGGCAGGCGAUUUAUGUGUGAUGUGUGCGGAAAAACUUUUACCCAAAAAGUUAAUAUGCAGCAACAUGUCAAGCAACAUACUGGGGACAAACCACAUGUUUGCAACCAGUGCGGAAAAACGUUUGCGGAAAAGUCCCACUUGGCUCGUCACUUUAGUUUUCACAGCAAGGAACGACCGUUCAAAUGCAAAGUUUGCCAAAAAAUGUACAAGACUGAGCGUUGCUUAAAGGUUCACAGUUUGGUGCAUGCGGCUGCGAGACCCUUUGUUUGUGAUCAUUGUAACAAGGGGUUUCUUAGCAGUACCAAAUUAAAGCAACAUUACAACAUCCACACUGGCGAGCGCCCGUACAAGUGCAAGUACUGCGAACGAACGUUCACGAACUACCCGAACUGGCUGAAGCACACUCGGCGUCGUCACAAAGUCGAUCACAUAACGGGCCUCGGCCUCGAACCGCCGGCGGCGCCUCCACCGUCCAAAGUGCCGAAAGAGGAGGUCCUUCCGCUAGCGUCGCCAAGCACCACUGAACAAGUGGUGCCCAUUAAGACGCUGGACCAGCCAGCGUUUCCCUCGUCUGCCGUCGUCGUUCCUAUGGACGAUAAGGAGGGGCUCAAUUAUCCGACGAUGGACGAUUUCUUCGGGUUUCAGCAACAGAUUGAUAUUGCAUCUGCCAGUAACCCGAUGAGCCUAUUAGUACCGUACUUUCCGGCCACGAUGCCAAGUCAUCAGACAAUAAUGCAACAAAACAUAUCAACCAUGUUGCCACUUCAAUUUACUGAUAUGUUGCAUGCUCCAUUUAUGCAACAAACCCAACCAUGUGAUUAAAACCUAAUCUUGUAUUAUUUUUAUAUUUUCCCAAAUUAUUUUGUUUAGGUCUUUUAAUAUGUACUAUUUUAUUGAUCUCAGGAUUCUUACAUUUAAAGAAUUUAUGUUUACUUUUGUGGGGAUUUUUUUUGUGUAGUCCGAUCGUAACAGUUUUUAUACCAGUACAAUACAUACUUAGAUUUACAUUAACAGUAGGUAAUAUAUUACCAUAGUAGCUGCAGGAUACCAAUAGGUUUUUGUUUUCGUCUUUUCUUGUAUUUGCCAAUAUUAAAUCAAAUCCACAGAUAAUACACACUAGAACUGCAACUUAAUUCCACGACUAUUUGCGCAUCACUAAUUAAUGAUGGUAUUACACGGAUCAGUUACGGAUAUGGGGCUCGGAGUUGUAUUGCACAAAGUAGUCUUUGAGCAUAUUUUUCUGGUGUGUAUCUUCUGUAUAGUUCCAUAUAGUUUAAAUACCUCGUAAUCCAAUUAGACUACCAAUAUGCCACAAAUUAUGUGUCAAAUGUUGACUUCAUGGACAUAAAGAGGUAUAAACUUGUGAUCUUGAUCUUUUCAAUCGUUGUUAGUCAUCCUUUUAUAACAUUACUACUAUUAGCUGACAUUAGCAACAGCUUAGGUUCCUUUGGAGUUCUUCAAAAGCUUGGAUGAUCCAUAUCCAAACAUUGAAAAUGGCCAACAUACGCCAAAUAUGGUUUGGGAAGAAUAGUCAACUACUUUGAAAAAGCGUGCUGUAUAGAUUUCUGGUUCUUGGCGUUGCUUUCUGGUGACGUAUUAUUUUCUUUCCAAUAGCCGCGGCUAGCCGUGUUCCUUUUACCACAAAGGUCAAAUUAAACGAAUUGAUUGGUCAGUCAAAAAUCGAGUGUGCUCUGAGUCUAUACUGCACGUUUUUGUACAUGGCCGAGUAUAGGAAGUCGACUAUCCUGAUUAUAUAUUUCCUUGAGUUACACAAUGCACUAAUUUAAGGGUCAUCAAAAAUUACCUGGAUGCGAUCUAAGAAAAACUUUUGAUAAGUAAAAAUAAGAGUUUUGAAAGUACUUUCUCUUAAAAACUCAGAAUAAGACCUAUUUAGUCGGAAUAAGACUUAUUAAGUCAGACUAUUAGCAAGAUUUGGAGAUCUGGAAGAGUUAUUCUGACUUAAUAAAACUUUCAACACAUGUUGAAUUUGGUUAUUUUGAAAG